UGGAGGCGAUUGUCCUGAUGUGGCCUAGUCCGGCAAAACCUCGUGAGACCUGCCAUAGAAUUUGCGGCUCAAUGCGGCUCCAGACCAAGCAAACUCGGUCCAACACGGCUCCAGGCUCAUUAGCACGUUGGUGGUCCGAACCAGACCCACGCCUCUGGGGAAAUGCUGGAUGACCUCCACAUCGUGGUUUGGUCUGUGCCAGCCGAUGUCGGUCGGGCCGGCGAAUCCUGCUUAAAGCGCGAAGAUGUCUUCUCUUGUUGGAAUCAUCCUCGAGCACCCUGACUUCCCCAGCUUUUUCGAAGGACCAAAGCAGAAUGGGUUUCUUUAACGAGAAGAAGGGCGAGGACGUCGAGCAUGGCUCCGAGCUUAAGCCCGAUGACUCGACCAAUAUCCAGGGUCAGACGGAUGCUGUCUUCGGUGAGGUCGUGGAGGGAGGUCCCAACUACCGCAACGUCAGUUGGAUAGGCUCCUCGAUCCUGAUGAUGAAGACCCAGAUCGGUCUCGGAGUGCUAUCCAUCCCCGCAGCCUUCGACACCCUAGGCCUCAUCCCAGGUAUCCUCUCCCUGCUAGCCAUCGGUCUCAUCACUCUGUGGUCCGGCUACAUGGUCGGCGUGUUCAAAGUCAGGCACCCCGAAACGUACGGCAUCGAGGAUGUGGGGUACAGGAUCUUUGGCCGCACUGGUCGUGAGGUUUUAGGUCUGGGGUUUGCUUUAUUCUGGACGUGCGUUGCCGGCUCCGGAAUGCUGGGUAUCUCGAUUGGAUUGAACUCGCUGUCUGAGCAUGGCGCUUGCACCGCCAUCUUCGUGGCGGUUGCUUGCGUUGUGGGCUUUGGAUUGGCUUCUAUCCAGACCCUGAGCAAGAUUUCUUGGAUUGCGUGGGCUGGUCUCGCUGGUAUCCUCUCAGCUAUUAUCACUCUCACUAUCUCCGUCGGCAUCCAGGACCGCCCCUCUGCAGCACCCCAGUUCGGCCCCUGGGAGUCUGACUUCGAGCUCUUCAAGUCCCCUACUUUUGCCGAAGCGGCAGCCGCUCUAUCCAGCUUGGUCUUUGCCUACGCUGGUACCCCUGCGUACUUCAACAUCGUGUCCGAGAUGAAGGACCACAAGGAGUACUUCAAAGCCCUCUCACUCUGCCAGUUCGUCAUGACAGCGCUGUACAUCGCCAUCGGUGUUGUCGUGUACUACUACUGCGGCUCUUUCGUUGCGUCGCCUGCGCUCGGGUCUGCAGGUGUGCUGAUGAAGAAGGUGUGCUAUGGGCUUGCGCUCCCUGGACUCCUCGCUUCCGUUGUCCUGGUUACUCAUAUCACGGCCAAAUACUUCUUCAUCCGCACCCUCCGCGGCACACGCCACCUCAACCACAACACCGCUAAGCACUGGGUUACCUGGUUCAGCCUCACCGCCGCCGUCUCGCUCACCGCGUACAUUAUCGCCUCCGCAAUCCCGGUCUUUGGCGGCUUGGUGUCGCUUGUCGGUGCGCUCCUGGGUACUCUCAUGUGCUUCCAGCCUAUGGGAUGUAUGUGGCUUUACGACAACUGGGGCCGCAGCAACCGUGACUGGAGGUGGAAGGCGAUGGUUGCGUGGAGCAUUUUUGUGAUUGUGAGCGGUACUUUCUUGUUGAUUGGCGGUACGUACGGCUCGAUUCUUGGGAUUAUCGACAGCUACAACAAGAACGGUGGCACAGCUGCCUGGACCUGCGCUGACAACUCAAACUCCACUUAAAUGUGUAGGGUUCGAGGGUAUUGUCGGCUCGAUUCCACUGUUCAAAUUAGUCCUGUUACUUUAGCGCUCAUGAAUUGCAUAUCCGUAUCUUCAAA